CACCUCUGGCCAGCCCACCAGUAGCAGGGAGGCAGGCAGGGGAGGAGGGUCUGCCCUCAGGAACUCGUUCUUCACCUUAACGUGAAGUACAACCAUAAUAUCGCCGGGUUUGCCAGAACAUUUAGAUAGCGAUUAUCUUUGUUGUAGAGUAAACCUGCCGGUAACAAGGCCAUCGCCUUGUGCCUUGUACUGCACCUAGUUUGCUUUAUAUAACUAAUCAGUAUUAUAUAUACUGAAAAUAAUUACAUUAUUGAUCAUGGAGAGCAAGAGGAAACGAGAAUACAGUGACUGUUACAGUGUGGAAUCAAUGAGUGUGAGUAGUGGUGAAACAUCGCCCAGAGUGCUGGAUAAUAUAGUGACAAACACCACAUACAUAGCAAGCCAACCAAAUGAACGGCUUAUCUCUCCGGACUCGAGAUAUUCUCCUGUAAAUCAUUCCACACACAAUGGCUUCAUACAAGAGAGGCGCCGGUCUACUCGCCAGGAGGAGACCACCACCACCACCACGGAGUCCGACGCUGAGGCGACGGCAGUGCUCACCUGUACAAUAUUCCCCAAGUUGGAUCGUAAACAGGUCCCCCCCGCGUUUAAGACUCUGAUUCCCUUGUUUACAAGAUUUCUCAAAGACACGCCUCCAACCGCUCUUAACGAAGUGAUCCCACGUCUCAAGCGACACCUAUAUUUGAAGAAAAAUAAUAAACUCUCGGCGAGCCUCGUAGCUGCGGCUAUAUUAAGAUUUCAUCCGGAUUUGAGAGAGAGACACUACACAAAUUCUGUUACGACGCCUAUGACUUUGCCGUCUAUUAUAAGAGACAGACUUUCGUGUGGUUUGCACGUGCCAAUGAUCCACGUCUUGUAUGGGGAAGCGCUCAUUAGCGGGUGCGCAUCCCAUUUAAAUACCAGAGACCAGCAAGUAGGAGCCGAGCCGUACCCGCUCAGUUUCUCAACCUCACCGCCUAAAGAGUUCUCCGCGUUGAUCAGGCGGGUAGAUGUGAUGCGAGGAAUGACCUCCCACGCAAUGGCAUUAGCCUUUCGCUUUCCCAGUUUAGCAGCCAGCAUGCACGGGCUCUCUCACGAGAUGUGGGCCUUCAUGUUCUCAAAGAAGAUGCCUGUAGCUGCCGGGAUGGAACUCUACGACGCCUUUUUUAUCGAAUUUGAAAGGCAACUUGCCAUGACAAUAGUGAUGCCCUUAGACAAGUUUCCGCCCUGGCUAACAGAGAGUGUAAUUUCAAGGUUCAAGACUAACACUGGCGUUGCCGCUACACCUUCAUAUAGACCCACAUCAGAAUUGUAAAAUAUUUUAUAGAAAUGAUCAAAAUCAUUAAUGUUAACCUGAGCUCGACUGUGUACAAAUAUUCCAGUUUUAAGUUAAUUAUUUAAUUAAAUUGUUAAUGAAUGACGCCUAUUUUAUACGAGAAAUUUUGAAUAAUAAAGUUAGUCACCUUAAUUCAUUGCUCAGUUUGUACUAACAUUCUUUACAAUUUUAAGGACUGCUGAUUAGGCAACUUGCCUAGUCGAAAUUAAUCUCAUUCUUCAUAUUUAAUAACCCAUAACAAUAAUACUAAUAUUUAAGCAAAGUAAAAUAGUCAUUAACAAUGUAUAUAAUGUCUUACUUUUAAGAAAACUACAAUUAAAGUCAAUAAAUGUAUACAUGUAA